AUGGUCCAACACAUGAGACCCUUGUAUAUCACAACCGAUGUGAGCGGCACCAAAGUUAGCAAGAUCAUGGUUGACACCGGCGCGGCUGUUAAUGUCAUCACUACCCGAACCAUGCACUUGCUCGAAAUCAAGAGAGAGAAGAUCCAGUCUACAUCCCUUACACUCAAGAACUUCGCAGGGACUGUAACAAAAACCUUGGGACUUCUUUUCCUACGCAUCAAGGUUGGCCCAGCUGAGGGGGUUUAUGCUUUCUUUGUAACAGAUUGUUAUGCGGCCUACAAUGCAAUUUUGGGCCGAGAUUGGAUCCAUAGGAGUUAUUGUGUUCCGUCGACUCUGCAUCAAGAGCUCGUAAUGUGGAACCGGAAGACUGAUAAAGCGGAAGUGAUUAAAGCGGAUCCUCGUCCAUUCCCCGUUUCCGCAAACUAUGUAGAUGCCAGCCUGCUCGCUCAGGAUGAUGAAGGAGGUAUCGAGCAUGCUAUAUUUUACCUCAGCUGGACACUGACAGAUUGUGAGACGAGGUACACCCUUAUAGAGAAACUAUGUCUGACUUUGUAUUUUUCAGCGUGCAAGUUGCGACACUACAUGUUAUCCAUUACUACCUGCAUCAUCGCUCAAACGGAUCUAGUCAAAUACAUGUUAUCGCGACCUAUUUUGAGAGGCCGCAUUGGCAAGUGGGUCCUGGCCCUUUUAGAAUUUUCGCUACAAUACGUCCCUCAGAAAGCCGUUAAGGGGCAGGCCAUUGUAGAUUUUCUGGCACAUCAUCCUACGUUGGAGAUUCCCAUGGUAAAGGAGUUGGAAGUAGCGUCGGUCACUAUAACACGGCCAGAUUUGGCGCGCAUCCCAGAAUACGCAGUUUGGUACCAGGCCACAGUCGCCUUGCAGCCCUGGGUACUGUUCUUUGAUGGCUCUAGAACCGAAACAUUGGCCGGAGCAGGGAUUGUUCUGGAAAAUCCAACUGGCGAUCGUUUCUCUUACUCUUUCCAAUUAGAAUUCAAAUGCACGAACAAUCAGGCCGAGUACGAAGCUCUUAUUAUCGGGCUCGAAGUCUUACUAGAAAUGGGUGUAAGGGACGUUCAGAUCCGCUGUGAUUCUCAGCUCGUUAUAAACCAGCUUCAAAACGUAUAUCGAUGUGCAAGUUGGCUGCUCAUGCCAUAUUUGAAUCGUGCCAUUGAGCUUCUAGAUCAGUUUACCGAUGUCGAUUUGGAGCAUAUUCUCCGCGAGCGCAAUUUCGCUGCCAAUGAGCUCGCUCAGCUAGCCACGGGCAUUACAUUGAAGUAUGGAGUUCGCGAGCGUCUCCUGAAGGUUAAGCGUCGCACACUGCCCUCAUGGCUCGCACGGCCUGAUCCGCCAGAUGAUCCAGUGGUCACGGUGUUAGAACCUAUAGAUGUGGAUUGGUGCAUCCCACUGGUUGCUUACCUCAAGCGCCCAGACCCCACAGCUGACAGAAAGAUUCGCUUUCUCGCUCUAAAUUAUCUCCUCAGGGGUGACGAGUUGCGACGCCGUGGGGAAGAUGGCAUGGACUUUCGGUGUGUCUAUGGUUGUGAAGCUAAACAAUUAAUGCGUGAAGCGCACACAGGGAUAUGUGGGGCUCAUCAGGCGGGGCCCAAGAUGCGAUGGCUUAUUAGGCGACAUGGUUAUUACUGGCCCAGCAUUCUAAAGGAUUGUAUUGCAUUCGCCAAAGGUUGCGAAGAUUGUCAAGCACAUGGUCCAGUCCAGCAUGUUCCUAACAUUCCUAUGCAACCUAUCAUCAAGCCUUGGCCUGCGCGGGGCUGGGCACUGGACUUGAUUGGAAUGAUCCAUCCCCACUCGUCUCUCCAACAUAAGUUCAUCAUCGUCGCCACUGACUUCUUCACCAAAUGGGCUGAAGUGGAGCCAUUAAAAGAGGCCUCCGGCGGCACCAUUCGCCAGUUUAUUUUUCGUAACAUUAUCUGCAGGUUUGGUGUCCCUGAGGUGCUCGUUUCAGACCGGGGGGCAGCGUUCAUGGGAGGUCCCGUCGAGCAACUAGUCACUGAUUUUGGCAUCUAG